AUGACCACGCCGUGGCGGCGUGGUCCUAGCGAAGCGCAAGAAGCGCACCAUGACGAGACGAGUCAUGGUGGCCCAAACUCUUCUCCUCGACGCGUGCACGGGGAAAAGGACCCUGCCAUUCAAUACAUUUUGUGCCAGAGUUCACGUCGAACCACGAUUGACCACAAUAGGUCGCCGUGCGCUUGCAGGAUCCCGCGGUUCACCAACGGCUCUCAGACUCGUGGCCUCUGCGUCUGGCGUCAUGGUAUGGGGAUUUGUGUGAAUAUCUGCGGUCCGUGCCAACGCCGCCUCUCCUUAACAGCCCUUACGACAUAUUGGCAGGGCAUAGGGUUCAUGAGACCGGCCACGUACAUCAAGGUCUAUCCAAGUCCAUCCCAAGCUUUGCCCUUCCUCUUGCGUAAAGAGGGGAGGAAAGUCUCCCAGAAGUGUGAAAGUGCACUGCUCACCUCGCGGCUCCAGACACUUACUCCAGCCAACUACGGCACUUACAAAGCAAACUCGGGGUCGAUCUUAAGCAACCACGCUGCCUACUAUAGUCCCACAGUGGCCUUCUCUAACAGCUUCAACGGCUCAUACGAGAGCCAAUAUGCUAUCACCCAUCGUGCUAUACCACCUUUCGCAGGCAUCGAGAUACCUUCCAGGCUCCUGCAGAUGUUGUUUUCUCCCACCUUCAUUUCUUGGCGCCGCAGCCAGUGA